AUGGAUCGUGAGUAUUUGGAUUACAUAUUGGUGCCAUUAGGGAUGGGUUUGAUGGUGUUUUAUCAUCUAUGGCUUCUCCACCGCAUCAUCCACCGUCCAUCUUCAACCGUCGUCGGCCUCAACGCCUUCAACCGCCGCCUCUGGGUCCAAGCCAUGAUGGAGGACUCAUCCAAAAACGGCGUUCUAGCGGUACAAACGCUAAGGAACAACAUAAUGGCGUCAACUCUAUUGGCAUCAACCGCAAUAAUGUUGUGUUCACUAAUCGCGGUACUAAUGACCAGCGGUACGGGAGAGCGAUCUGUCUGGUUUGUGUUUGGUGACAAAAGCGACCGAGCCUUCUCGAUCAAGUUCUUCUCAAUCCUCGUUUGCUUCUUAGUCGCGUUUCUUCUCAACGUCCAGUCAAUCCGUUAUUACAGCCACGCAAGCAUUCUCAUCAAUGUUCCCUUUAAACAGCUGAUGGCUGUAUCUUCGGGUGGUCAUGGUCAUGGUAGUCUUAUGAUGAUAAACCAAGACUAUGUGGCUGCAACAGUUAACCGUGGGAGCUACUUUUGGUCUUUAGGACUAAGAGCGUUCUACUUCUCAUCGCCUUUGUUCCUAUGGAUCUUUGGUCCGAUCCCGAUGUUCAUAACGUGCUGCGUUCUUGUUAGUUUGUUGUACUUCCUUGAUUUAACUUUUGACUCAAUGGAAUGUAACGUUACGGUCGCGGACGCGGAGGAGACUGAGACUAGAAGCUUAGCUCAAAUUGUGUAG